AUGGACGCUUCCUCCCUCCGCAUCUCCAAGUUCGAUGGAACUAACUUCCACGCCUGGAAGUUCAAGAUGCAGAUGGUGCUGGAGGAACGGGACCUAUGGGAGGUCGUCAGCGGUGAGAUCAAGGCGGAACAGUGCGAGACUCAGUUGGACCAAGCGACGUACAAGAGGAAGUCAAGAAAGGCGAUGGCAGUGAUCUGUCUAGCCAUGGAAGAUUCCCAGCUACCGUUGGUCCGGUCGGCAAGUGGUGCAUGCGACGCAUGGUCAAGGUUGGAAGACCACUUCGAGAAGAAGAGUCUUGCCAACAAGCUGUUCUUGCGCCGUCGCUUCUUCACGAAAAUGAUGGAAGAAGGCGACGAUGUGCUCGAACACAUCAACAAGCUCAAGACGCUGGCGGAACAGCUAGAAGCGGUGGUGGCUCCAGUCUGCGAGGACGAUCUGGUGAUCACACUUCUCGGCGGCCUGAGUGACUCGUAUCAAUUCUUGAUCACAGCUUUGGAGUCGCGCUCAGACACUCUUAGCUGGGAGCUCGUGACGUCUCGACUGCUUCAUGAAGAAAUGAAGCGGAAGGAGCAAGGAAGUAAAGGUGAUGAAGCUUCGCAAGGUCAAGCGUUCAUCACAAGGGACAAUCAGCGCAAAGGGCGACCAGUGAAGAAGUCCUGGCCGUGCCACAAUUGCGGAAAGAUUGGUCACUGGAUGGCGGAGUGCCCCUCGCGCAUCCAAGAAAACACGGAGGGACACCGGCCACAGCGCGCUCAAGACAGUGGCGACCGUUAUCGAUCACAACGUGCAAAUGUCGCUCAAGAAAAGACUCGGACGACUACCUCUUCUCGAUCGGUGAAACGACAUCUGCGAAAUCAAGCGACAUCUGGCUGGUCGACUCCGGGGCGACGCAGCACAUGA